AACAAAAUCGGAACUUCCUAAUUGAUCUUUUCUAAUUCCUCCUAUGUCAUUCUUGAAGCCUUUGCACUUCGUUGUAAAUUUUCUAGUUCGUUUGAUUCCGAGAGAAGCGCGGGUGCUUGGCUUGGUGGCAGGCAUCUGACAAUUGCUCUGCAAAUAUCUUUGAAUUGGAGCCGGUAGCCGUUAUCAUCACAUUUUAGUUUCGCCUUUCGCGUAAUCACCAGAAGGGACGAAAUUGAAACCGUGCGAAAGAGAGAGAGAAACAAAGCGAGGUGUUGAGAAAAGAGUGAUAACAAGUCACCGCAACAUAAAACACGAAGCUACCACCAUGACAAAGUUUAUCACGGCUGUCGACGACUACAGCGUCAGGGGACGCGUGGUGUCUGACGAUGAUGGAGAAGUGGAGGUAUCCAAUACGCGCGACGUGAAGUAUCUGGAGGAUGAAGUGGAAACGGGGAGCUGCACCUCGGAACACCCGGAUGCUGCCGAUGAGACGCAGGAGGAAGAUCAGAAGCUUAACUUGGUCAAGAAGGAAACGGUGGCUGUGUUUCGUCUUCGUUUGCUGGUCUUUCUAGUGCUGCUCUUGGCGGCCGUUACUGUGUCGAUCAUUAUCUUUCUGGUUACCGCCACCGCCGAAAGCGAUGAGUAUCACAGUCAGUACGACUCGGCGGCCAAGAAGGUACUCGAGACAUUCAUUGACAUUGUUAACACCAAGCUGGGAGCUGUGUCGGCCAUGGGAGUUGCCAUUAUUGCGCACGGAGUGGAUCACGAGAAGAGUUGGCCGUUUGUCACUCUGUCGUCGUUCCAGCAACGUGCCUCCACCGCCAGGAAGCAAUCGGGGGCUCUGUAUGUCCACAUUAACCCAAUGGUGGAGGAUAUUGAGAAGGGUGCAUGGGAAGAGUUUGUCGUCUCGGAGGAUGCGGACUGGGUCCAGCAAGGUUUGGAUUACCAAAAGGAUGUUGGACUACUCGGGUUUGAACCGGAGAUGGACGGAUAUGAAAACCUUCACCUCUUUAAUGGCUCGGAUACCUGGCCUAUUUGGAGGAGGGACUACAUGCGACGUGUCGUUCCCGAAGACGCAGGAACAGGUCCAUUCAUGCCAACCUGGCAAACCUCCCCGGUCUUUCAUGAAGGCAGAGACGUCAACGAGAACCUGCUCCAGUCUUCCUCCCGCCAAGGACUCAACGAUUCCUUCUACUCCGAGUCUGUGGUGAUUGGACAGUUUAUCACGUCCGAACCAGGAGAUGUACAUUCCAGCAACCCUCUAACGGCUUGGUUGUCUCUCAUGUUGAGUGCUGCCCAGAACGAGCCGGUCGAGUAUGCUGGGGAUCCCUUUAGUCAGAUCUUCUUUCCCAUCUUUGAUUCCUUCCGCGAUAACCGCAAGUCUGUGGCCGUCAUGGGUGCUUGGAUCCACUGGAUGAGCUACUUUCAGUAUCUCCUUCCAGCUAGCUUGGACGGUAUCUACGUUGUACUUCACGAUUCAUGUUCCCAUUCCUUCACCUACGAGAUCAACGGGGAAGCAGUCCGGCCCGUGGGCCGUGGCGAUCUUCACGAUACCAGAUUCAAUAAGAUGAAGAGAUCCGCAUCCUUUGAUGCCGUGCAGAACAUUGGAGAUGGAACCAAACAUGGAUUGCCUCUCAACAAGGAACUCUGCAUGAUCAGUAUUGAUGUCUACCCAUCCAACGUGUUCUACAAGACAUACAACACCCCCGCUCCUAUCAUUAUGACAGUGGCGGUAUCUAUGAUCUUCAUGUUUACUGCAUGCAUGUUCGUCUUCUACAAUCGGCUCGUGGAAUGGCGUCAGGCCUUGGUCAUGCACAAGGCUGCGCAAACAAACAGGAUCGUUAGUGGGCUAUUCCCCGAGAAUGUGCGGGAACGGCUCAUGAAACAAACUCCAGGCAUGACGGUCAUGCGUGAGGGAUGCUUGGAUAUGUCCCAGAGCCGAAGAUUGAGUGGGUUCCUGGGAGGGGUUGAGGAAUUGGAAAUGGCAGAGGCUCCGCCGAUUGCCGAUCUGUUCCCACACUGCACUGUCCUAUUUGCCGACAUUGCCGGGUUCACUGCUUGGAGUUCAACCCGGGAUCCUGAAAAGGUGUUUAUCCUCUUGCAAACUGUGUACCAAUCCUUUGAUAAAAUCGCAAAGCGCAGGAAAGUGUUCAAGGUCGAAACGAUUGGGGACAGCUACCUUGCGGUCUGCGGUCUUCCAGAGCCACAACCACAACAUGCGUUGAUUAUGUGUAGAUUCGCGUGGGAUUGUAUGCAAAGAAUGGAGAUUGUAACUCGCGAGCUGGAAUGCACCCUUGGCCCUGACACAGGUGAUCUUUCCAUGAGGUUUGGGCUUCAUUCAGGUCCUGUCACAGCUGGGGUUUUGCGUGGAGAUCGUGCAAGGUUUCAGUUGUUUGGUGACACUGUCAACACAGCUAGCCGAAUGGAGAGCAACGGUCAAAGAAGAAUGAUCCAAAUUUCACAAGAGACGGCAACAUUGGUCAUGAAGGCCGGAAAAGACCACUGGCUAACCCCCCGCAAGGACAAGAUCAUGGCCAAGGGGAAAGGCAUGCUUCAGACAUAUUAUGUGGACCCCACCAAGAAGCGAGGCAACAGCCUUGACUCCGGAGACACCAGCAAGAUGGAUCACAUCGGCCAAACCGACUCAUUCCCGGACAUUGAACCUGUUCCUCAAAGUGUCAACUAUCGCCUGAUCAACUGGAUGGUGGACCUUCUUGUGGAAGACGUGAAGAAAAUUGUGAACGUCCGGCGCAAGUGUGGCAUGAAAGAAAAGAAUAGCCGAUCUGUUUCCUACUUCCCUCCCAAAGGGCAGACCGGUAUUCAGGAAGUGCUUACUGUAAUUGAAAUGCCUAAAUUUGAAUCGAAAAAGGCCGCUGUCAGUGCUGCUGGAGACUACAGCAAAGUUGCGCCCAGCCCGGAGGUUUUGUCCGGUCUCAAUGAGUAUGUUACUACUAUCUCGAGGUUGUAUCGAGACCAGAACCCGUUUCACAAUUUUGAGCACGCUUGCCAUGUAACAAUGUCGGCCAAGAAGCUUCUGAAGCGAAUUGUCACUCCAGAGUUGCCUAGUGACACCAAGCUGCACAAGAAGAAUAAGACGUUGGCAUUGCUGCAUGACUACACUCAUGGCAUGAACAGCGAUCCAUUGUUGGGACUUGCAAUUACUUUUUCUGCUUUGAUUCAUGAUGUUGACCAUCGAGGAGUCUCCAAUGCUCAGCUAGCCUCGGAAGAUAUGGCAUUGGGCCAGAAGUACUCCAACCAGAGUGUGGCCGAACAGAAUUCUUUGGAUAUCGCCUGGGAGGUUUUGAUGGAGGACCGAUUCGAUGCUCUGAGGCGGCACCUGUUUGCCACUGAGGCUGAACUCCUUCGCUUUCGACAGUUGAUUGUCAAUGUUGUGCUUGCCACUGACAUCUUUGAUAAGGAACUGAACGAUUUGCGUCGAAACCGAUGGGAGCGUGCCUUCUGCUCCGGAAACGAGCGUUCUAGCACCAACAGCCUGAGCAGCACCAGUGGUAGAAACCAAAACGACGCGGAGAGCGACCUUCGUGCUACCAUUGUGAUUGAACACAUUAUUCAAGCCUCCGAUGUGUCUCACACGAUGCAACACUGGCAUGUCUACCAGAAAUGGAACAAGAACCUCUUCAUGGAAAUGAGUCGAGCUUACCGAGAAGGUAGAAUGUCGAAGGACCCAAGUGGAUUCUGGUACAAGGGUGAAAUUGGUUUCUUUGACAACUAUGUCAUUCCCCUAACAAAGAAGCUGAAGGAAUGUGGUGUCUUUGGUGUGAGCAGUGAUGAAUAUCUGAACUAUGCCCUCCAAAACAGACAAGAGUGGGAACACCGUGGGGAGGAAAUUGUCUCGAAUUGGACCGAGGAACUUUCCAAGACGGAAGAUGAGAUGACUGACGACUCCAUCACCUUUGCAUGAGUGUUGUCUGCAAGAGAGAGUGUGCGUUGAUACGGAUCAAUGCACACACCAAACGAUACAUAUUUGCUUGCAUGCAUGAACAUCGAAUACAUUAGAAGGCGUUCCCAGCUAGACAGGAGAAGCGCUCUACUUGGAACAGACCCAACCACCUCCAUUUCCAAAUAUCUUUCUUCGUGGUUGGGCUCGAGUGAGUGACGAGUCUAGCAGUAGUUGACCCUUUUCAAAAAAUCGGUCUGGCUACUGUACAGAAGGAACCUGAAUUAAAAAAAACACAAAUAAAAUAAACAAAGCUGCAUGAUACAUG